AUGUUUGCUGGGCUCCACAAGACCAACCAUAACAACAUCAACAGUUCCAGUGGGAUUGGUGGUGUUUCUAAGAAGACUCCCAUUAUAUUUGACAUUCGAAUUGCCUCCAAAUAUGGGAAUGUUAAAUUUAUGUCAGGGUCUGCGUUAGAUGCUGAGCCCACUGUUCUACGUGGUGAUACAGUGUUUUCUUUGCCUGAAGCUUUACAUGUGAAGAGAAUUACUUUACGUCUUGUUGGUAAGUUUAAGCUUGAGUUUUUACAAGUGGGUCAGCAUAAGAAUAAUAAUUUGGCUAGUAUAGUCAAAGAGGACCAAACCAUCUUUGAAGCUUUCUGGCAUAACUUGUUGGUUGACAAAGAGGGUGUAGUAUUGAAGGGCUCCGAUGCUUCCGGUGCUGGUACUGGGAGUAGUAGUUCUGGUUCUGGAAAUAGUAGUUCCUCUUCUUCCUUAUCUUCAAAACCAAUUCUUUCUAGGGUUCGAUCUGUACCCAUAAUGAACAAUCCAGCAAAAAUGAAAUUGAGCAAGACAAGCUCUCCGACGGUACUUAAAUUACCUAGUAACGGAGUUAGUGGUACACCUUAUAAUGGAACGAAUGCGCCAACUGGAGCCAGUUUCAUGUUACCGCCCGGAAAUUAUGAGUUACCAUUCCAAAUUGUCUUCCCGGAUGAUAUGCCAGAAACCGUAGAAGGUUUACAAAGCGGAUCUGUAUUAUACACAAUGGAAUCUUGCAUUGAGAGACAUGGGUUCAAUAAGGCAAAUUUUACCAAAUACGAAUACUUGAGAAUUUUUAGAACGUUGAAGCCUGAUAAUCUCGCCAUUCAAGAAGAAGUCACCGUAGGUAAAAGUUGGCCUGAUAAACUACAAUACGAAAUCUCUAUCCCAAGCAAAGCUAUCCCUAUCGGUGGUGCUACUCCGCUUACAGUAAAACUUUACCCGUUCCAAAAAGGAUACAAGUUGAAGAAAAUUGUGGUAUCGUUGCUUCAAUACUAUGCAUUCAAAGACAGUGCGGGAGAAGUUUACGACGAUGAAAACGUGAUACAAAAGCAAAUGUUGGCCAGGUUCGAUGACCUUCCCGGAUGUGAUCCAACUCAGGAUAAUCUUUUGAUAGAUCAGAUUAAACUCAAUUCAGUGCUUCAAUUCCCGGAUGAUUUGAAGCGAGCCACCCAGGACUGUGAUGUUGGUGCCGAUUUGAUCAAAGUACGUCACAAAUUACAAGUUCAUAUCACUUUGAAAAGGAACGUUAUUCAUAAAGACAAACCAGAUGAUCCGCCGUACGAACAGUCUACAGAAAUUAAAGUGAACCUACCGAUUAAAUUGUAUUUGAUGGAACAUGUUCCGAUCCAAGGAAGAAUGGUAUUAUUAGAUCAUUUCGGUAAGAUCCACUUCAGGCCGGGCCAAUUUUGUCCAUUGUUCGAACAAUCAGAUGAAUCCAACGGUGGAACUUCUCCUGCAGAACCAGCUGAUAUCACCGGGAUGAAUAGCAGUACAAAUGAUAACAAUGCCAAUGUUAACACUACGGUACCCGGCGCGCACGGCAACCGUGGAGGUGUCACAAGACUAGAGGACGGGUCCUUUUCUGUACAGUAUUUCCCAGAAACAGAUAACCAAGCUCCUCCGAGCUAUGAAGCGUAUCAGAGAGAAUCUACUCCAGUACAAAUGACAAGAUCCUUACCCACCACACCCCCACAACAACUAGAUGAUAUUCUGUCCAGGGACCAACCACCAUCUUCUUCAUACUUUGAUGGCCCACCGCCAUCUUGGAGAUUGCAAGCACCUCAGCCGAACAAUAAUUCAGUGGCAUUAAAUGCCUUACUAAAUACAUCGGGAGAUGCUGGAAAUUUACAACGACAAAGUCGUAAUUCAUCAUCCAAUAGACUUGCUGCACUAGCUGCUGCGGCUGCCGGUGUUGCUGGCAAUACUGCAAGUGGCAAUGGUACCAACAGCGGUUCCUCAGCUGCUGGCGCCCUAGGCGUCAGCAGCAAUGCCUCAAGUAACGCAGCCUCAAUGACAGAUCUCCUAAGUCACCUCCAGAGGUUACCCUCAUACGAAGAGUCUAGAGUCCGUUACGAAAAUGUAUCACGUGAACCUACCCCACUAUACAUUCCAUCACAACAAUAA